CCCCCAUAGACUGUUCCUAGCUUAAACAGGACCAACACACUGGUGCUUCGCAUCAUGUGUGCGGUAAUGCUAUGUUGUUCAAUUUUGUGGUUGAUAUAAUUCCUACUGAUAUUGGCCUACCUAACGGUUCAUCUAUUAAAGCUACUGAACUUGGAAGUGUGACGGUAAAUGUCAAGCUAACACUACAAAAUGUGUUGUGUGUGCUGGAGUUUACCUGCAAUUUGCUAUUAGUUUUCACCUUGCUCAAAGAAAAUCACUUAAGUAUUCAAUUUACUAAUGCAUUUUGUGUUAUACAGGGCUGAGCCUCGAUGACCAUGAUUGGUGUGGGUGAGCAGUUAGGGGGGCUCUUUUACUUGGCAAUGGGGGAACCAGUUCGUAUCAAUAAAGCAGCGUCUCUUGAUUCCAGGAGAUUAUGGCAUGCCUGACUUGGACAUCCCUCACCGCAACUCGUCGCAUGUGGAACAAUUGGGGCAUGCAGAUGAUUUUUUUCCUGAUAGUCCACUUGCUGCCUCACAAUCUGAAAGUACUCAUGCCACAGAAAAUAUCACCAUGCCUUUCAAUAUGGGUUCCUCUUCUGAGCACUCUCCAGAGACACAAUUGAACCAUCUGGAGCAGCAGCACAACUUGAAUCACUCUUCUGGCCGUGAGUCUGCCAGUGAGUUAGCUGUCAGUGAGUCUGCCAAUGAGUUAGUUGUGCAGACGCCUCCUGAUGCUUUGGGAAGAGUUUCUUGCAGCUAUAACCACUGGUAUGGAGCCCCGCUCAUUCAAAGAGGCUAUGUGUGACUCAUGCUAGUGACAAGCUAUGCAGGAUGAAGUGCGUGCUUUGGAAGCCAAUGAUACUUGGACUAUUGAGGACUUACCUCCUGGUUGAAGGCAUUGAUUUUGUUGAAACUUUUGCUCCCACGACUAAGAUGGUGACAAUGCGUACUUUUCUCACUGUUGCUGCCUCUAAAAAUUGGGACUUACAUCAGAUGGAUGUUCAUAACGCCUUUCUUCACGACGAUCUUCAUGAAGAAGUUUAUAUGAAAUUUCCUCCAGGCUUUCAUAUUGGGGCUCCAGGCAAGGUUUGUCGUCUUCGUAAAUCUUUGUAUUGUUUACGACAAGCUCUGCGGUGUUGGUAUUCUAAACUUGCUCAUGCACUACGUUUGUAUGGUUUUCGAAAUAGUGAAUCUGAUCACUCUUUAUUUGUUUACCAAAAAGAAUCCAUCUCACUCAGUAUUCUGGUUUACGUUGAUGAUCUUGUUAUUGCUGGUAAUGAUAGUGCUUCCAUUGCGGCCUUCAAGGUCUAUCUCAGUAAUUGUUUUCGUAUGAAGGACCUGGGCAAGCUUAAAUAUUUCCUCGGCUUGGAAGUUGCACGCAUUUCUAGUGGUAUUUUUCUUUGUCAGCGGAAGUAUGCUCUUGAUGUUCUCACUGAGACAGGUCUCCUUGGUGCUAAACCUGCUAGUAUUCCUAUGGAAGAAAAUCAUUCUCUUGCUCUUGCUAGUGAUUCUCCCCUCGACGAUCCCUUAAAAUCUCGUCGUCUUGUGGGUCGGCUUAUCUAUCUCACGAUAACUCGCCCUGAACUGUGUUACUCCGUUCACAUCUUAUCUCAGUUCAUGCAGAAUCCUACAAACUCCCAGUGGGACGCCGCUUUGCGUAUUGUACGGUAUUUAAAAUCAAGUCCAGGUCAGGGUAUUCUCUUGCGUGCAGUUUCUGAUCUUUCUUUAACUGCCUAUUGUGAUGCUGAUUGGGCUAGCUACCCACUUAGUAGACGGUCUCUUAUUUCUUAUGUUUUUUUUCUUGUGGUUCACCUAUCUCCUGGAAGACUAAGAAACAAGCUACAGUUUCACACUCCUCCGCUGAGGCUGGAUAUCGUUCUAUGGCAUCUGCUACAUGUGAAAUUCUUUGGUUGAAAGGUUUAUUAGAAAGUCUGGCGGUCCAUCAUUCUUCUCCUGUGUCCUUGCAUUGUGAUAGUCAAGUUGCGUUACACAUUGCCAAUAAUCCCGUGUUUCACGAACGCACGAAACACAUUAAAAUCGAUUGUCACUUCGUUCAUGAUGAGAUUCUUCAGCACACCAUUGCACCGGUUUAUGUUCAUACCUCCUCACAAUUGGCUGAUAUUUUAACUAAGGCACCUGGUGGACGUCAAUUUCAUUCUUUACUUGCCAAGUUCGGCAUUACGGAUCUUCAUACUCCAACGGGGGGGGGGAGGUAUUGGGCUAAUAUAUUUGUAAAUAAAUCAGUUUGAUUUUGUAUAUCACAAUUGUAUCUUCUAAUUAUACGUAGGCUACUUAUUGACCUUGAGAUAUUCUAGGAGAUAUUUUAGGAAACAAUUGUUGUAUAAAUUGAUCCAUUCAUGGAAUAAUACGCAUGCAGAAU